UAUGUUACAUAUCUAAUUGCAUUUGCAUUACAAUACGACACACACGAAUUAAAUCAACAUGAUUAGCAGCGACGAAGACGAAGGGUUUCCUAGAGGAUAUCUCAUUCUUAGACCCGAAGAGCUCAGGCCAUUAGAACUUCUCCGUCUCUUAUUCUCCAACGAUAUUGAGAAGCGGAGAUUAGUCAAUAGCUCUGAAACCAAAGAGCACAGAUUCCGACGUCGAUGGCUUAUCUUCGUCUCUCUUGUCCUCCUCAAGCUUCUUCAUUUCCUCUCAGAGCCUUUAGCUCUCGUUGGCUCCGCCUUGGAAUUCUCCUUGAACUUCCUCUCCCAUAACUCCUUCUCCGGUUUCUUCCUCCGAGGAGAAGUAGUGAUGCCGAAAACGACGUCAGAGAAUUACCUAUCAUUCAUUGGACAUUUAGAUAGGAGAAUAAGUUUAGACAAGACCAAAAGUCGUGAAGAUGGAGAUUUGUACUAUGCUGCAUUGUCCAUUAUGUCUUCAAAGCUUGCAUAUGAAAACUCGGCUCGUAUUAAAUACGUCGUCGAAAACCACUGGAGUAUGAAGUACUUAGGCCUCAAUGACUAUUGGAACGAGUAUCAAGAAAAGGAAACAACACAAGCUUUUAUGAUGUCUACUGAUCAAGAGAAAACGGUUGUGGUUGCGUUUAGAGGCACAGAGCCUUUUGACUCUGAAGAUUGGUGUUCAGAUUUCGACAUUACAUGGUACGAGCUCCCAAACAUUGGGAGGAUCCAUGGUGGUUUCAUGAAAGCUCUAGGGCUUCAAAACAAUUGCAGUUGGCCAAAGAAACCUCUCCCAAACCCUAACCGACUGUCCCCUUUAGCAUACUACUCUAUAAGAGAUUCCUUGAAAGCUUUGAUAGCUCAGGACGAACAUACUAAAUUUGUUCUGACUGGUCAUAGCUUAGGAGGAGCUCUCGCGAUAUUGUUCGCAGCUGUGCUGGUGAUGCACGAUGAGACCGAGUUGUUAGAGAGGCUUCAAGGUGUUUAUACAUAUGGACAACCUAGGGUUGGAGAUUCAACGUUUGGUGAGUUUAUGGAGAAGAAAUUAGAAGAAAAUGAUGUAAAGUACUAUAGAUUUGUUUAUAAUAACGACAUUGUCCCGAGAUUACCAUACGAUGAUAAAGAUUUGAUGUUCAAACACUUUGGUACUUGCAUCUACUAUGACCGACACUAUCAACCAAAGGUUUUGAGAGAUGAAUCGGACGAGAAGUAUUUCUCGUUGUGGGGGAUUAUAAGGAGGAUGUACAAUGCAGUGUUGGAGUUUAUAAGAAGUUUCACGAUUGCUACUGAGAAAGGAUCAGAGUACAAAGAAGGAUGGUUGUUAAAGCUUGCUAGGGCUUUGGGGAUAAUACUCCCCGGGAUAUCGAAUCAUACACCUCAAGAUUACGUGAAUGUCACAAGAUUGAGCCCUUCUUUUGUUUUUCAAAUUCAUAGAGAUGUGGCCAUAAGAUGAGAGCUUAUAAUGGUCUCAAGUCUUAGCGUAAAUGGGCCUUAUAUUUGGCCCAACAAAGGACGAACAAAAAUAACUUAAUUGACUAUGAUAUAAAAAUCACAAAAAUAGAAUAUUUUAUCCGA